AUGGGGUUCCAAGAAAACGGGAAUGGGGAAAUGGGGUUGUCUGGAAUCCCCCUGGGAGCAAAGAACAAGUACAAGAGGAUGAACUCUGAGCUUCCUGAGGACAACGAUGAUGUUUUGUUACGACAGCAACACGAAGAAAGGAAGAGCAAUACCAGGAAAUAUGUUCUUGCCUGUGCCAUCUUUGCUUCUCUCAACAAUGUCCUUCUUGGCUAUGAUGUAGGUGUCAUGAGUGGAGCUGUUAUAUUUAUCAAAGAAGAUCUGAAGAUAUCUGAGGUUCAAGUAGAGAUUUUAGUUGGCAUUCUAAGCAUUAUUUCUCUAUUUGGUAGCCUUGGCGGUGGAAGAACAUCAGAUAUUAUUGGUAGAAAAUGGACAAUGGCCUUAGCUGCAGUUAUCUUCCAAAUGGGUGGACUAACAAUGACUCUUGCUCCUUCAUAUGCAAUACUAAUGAUUGGAAGAUUUCUAGCUGGGAUUGGAAUAGGAUUUGGAGUUAUGAUCGCCCCUAUAUACAUUGCUGAGAUAUCACCAAACCUGAAUAGAGGCUCUCUUACUACCUUCCCGGAGAUUUUUAUAAAUGUAGGAAUUAUGCUUGGUUAUGUGUCAAAUUACGCGUUUUCUGGCCUUUCAGCGCACACAAGUUGGAGAGUAAUGCUUGCAGUGGGAAUUUUGCCCUCAGUGUUCAUUGGCUUUGCGCUUUUCAUUAUUCCUGAGUCACCAAGGUGGUUGGUAAUGCAGAACCGAGUUGAAGAAGCAAGGUCAGUGCUGUUGAGAACAAAUGAAGAUGACAAAGAAGUGGAGGAGAGGCUUGCAGAAAUACAACUAGCUGCUGGAUUUUCCAAUUCUGAGAAGUAUGAGGAGAAACCCGUGUGGCGUGAACUCUUAUUUCCUCCUCCUCCUCUUCGCCGAAUGUUGAUCACUGGACUUGGAAUUCAGUGUUUCCAACAGAUCUCAGGAAUUGAUGCUACUGUGUAUUACAGUCCUGAAAUUUUCCAAGCAGCUGGGAUUGAAGACAAUUCAAAACUUCUAGCUGCUACUGUUGCUGUAGGCAUAACAAAGACUUUUUUCAUUUUGGUAGCAAUAAUUCUCAUCGACAAACUAGGAAGGAAGCCCCUUCUCAUGAUAAGCACAAUAGGGAUGACAAUUUGUUUAUUCUGCAUGGGGGGAACACUUGCUUUAUUUGGAAAAGGGUCAUUUGUGAUUGCAUUGGCUAUUCUGUUUGUUUGUGGGAAUGUGGCAUUCUUUUCUGUUGGACUAGGUCCUGUGUGCUGGGUUUUGACAUCUGAAAUCUUCCCUUUGCGCGUGCGUGCUCAAGCAUCUGCACUUGGAGCUGUAGCUAAUAGAGUCUGCAGUGGCCUUGUGGCCAUGUCUUUUCUUUCAGUGUCUAAGGCAAUCAGUGUUGCUGGAACAUUCUUUCUGUUUUCUGCUAUUUCUGCUCUUGCCAUUGCCUUUGUCGUCACACUAGUUCCUGAAACUAAAGGAAAGUCGUUGGAGCAGAUAGAGAUGAUGUUUCAGAAUGAGUAUGAGAGUCAAGGGAAAGAAAUGGAGCUAGGAGAUGUUGAACAACUUGUGCAGAACAAAACUGAUUUAAAAGUUUAA